GCACUCACACUCCGGGAUCCUGAAGGGUAUUUAAGCCCCACCAGCGCCGCGCUCCGCAGACGAUUCAGGCAGCCCUGGUCUUCUCCUUCGCUCCCGGGCCAACCCGGUUCCCUCCCGUGCGCUUGGCCACUCCUCGUGGGCUGCGCUUUCUCGGACUUGCAUCCAGGUGGGACAUUGGUCUUGCGUGGACUGAUCUCGACCGGCAGAGAUAAGCAAAGUAAGAGAAGCAACAGGUCCGGGGCUGCGUGGAGAGGCGCGCGGGGCCGCCAGGUGGGCGGCGCGCAGGUGUCCCCUGGUCCCGGCCGCACCGCAGGAUGCUCCUGGCGCGCCGCACCCCACGCUGAGCCUGCGUGCGCCCGCCGCCGCUCCCGCAGCGCAGGAACCGAACUUCGUGGGGUCGUCCUCGCGCCCCUCCGGAGAUCCCCGCGGGAGACCGGGAGUGCAGAGCGGAACCCAGCCCGCCGUCCCUGCCGUCCCCGCCGCGAUGCUGCUGAAGAAGCCCGCAGGGAAGGGGGCGGCGCGGGAGCCGGGGUCCGAAGAGCCCCCCGCCCGGCGCUGCGCCCGCGCGGUGCCCCCGAGCGCUGCCUUCGCCGUCCUACUGUCCGUGGUCGCGGUGGCUUCGUGUCUGUACCUCGGGGCGAAAACCAGCGACCUCCAGGCAAGGAUCGCCGCGCUGGAAUCCGCCAAAGGCGCCCCCUCCAUCCGCCUGCUGCCCGACACCCUGGAUCAGCUGAAGGCCGUUGUGCAGGAGAAAGUGGAGCGCCUUCUGGCUCAGAAAUCCUAUGAACAUAUGGCUAAAAUAAGAAUCGCGAGGGAAGCACCUUCAGAGUGUAACUGCCCAGCAGGGCCUCCAGGGAAACGGGGGAAGAGGGGCCGAAGAGGAGAAUCUGGUCCUCCUGGGCAGCCUGGUCCUCAGGGCCCUCCUGGUCCAAAGGGUGAUAAGGGAGAGCAAGGUGACCAGGGACCGCGGAUGGUGUUUCCUAAAAUCAAUCAUGGCUUUCUCUCUGCUGAUCAGCAGCUCAUUAAACGCCGCCUGAUUAAGGGUGACCAAGGGCAAGCAGGGCCUCCCGGACCCCCAGGCCCUCCAGGUCCCAGAGGACCACCAGGGGACACCGGGAAGGAUGGCCCCCGCGGGAUGCCAGGAGUGCCCGGCGAACCAGGGAAACCCGGAGAACAAGGCUUAAUGGGUCCUUUGGGGCCUCCAGGACAAAAGGGCUCCUUUGGAGCACCUGGAAUUCCAGGAAUGAACGGGCAAAAGGGUGAACCUGGCUUGCCUGGAGCAGCAGGACAGGAUGGGACCCCUGGACCAAAGGGAGAACCUGGAAAACAAGGAGAAAAGGGAGAUGCUGGAGAAAGUGGCCCCAAAGGUGACACCGGAGAAAAGGGUGAUCCCGGAUCAUCUGCUGCAGGAAUCAAGGGAGAACCUGGAGAAUCUGGUCGCCCAGGGCAAAAGGGUGAACCAGGGCUUCCUGGGCUUCCUGGACUUCCGGGGAUCAAGGGAGAACCAGGUUUCAUUGGUCCUCAAGGGGAACCAGGUUUACCGGGGUUACCAGGGACAAAAGGUGAACGUGGGGAGGCAGGGCCACCAGGAAGAGGGGAGAGAGGGGAGCCUGGAGCCCCUGGAUCAAAGGGAAAACAAGGUGAACCAGGAGCCAGAGGCCCAAAGGGGUCAAAGGGUGAUCGUGGAGACAAAGGGGAUGCUGGAGCUCUGGGACUGAGGGGUCCACCAGGGCAAAAAGGCGAUCCAGGAGCCACAGAGAUCAUAGACUACAAUGGCAACCUCCACGAAGCCUUACAGAGGAUUACCACCUUAACUGUCACGGGUCCCCCUGGGCCUCCCGGACCUCAAGGACUACAAGGACCAAAGGGUGAGCCGGGAUCUCCAGGAAUCCCAGGAGCUGAUGGAGAGCAGGGACUCAAAGGCUCAAAGGGUGACCUGGGAGACCCAGGAAUACCAGGUGAAAAAGGAGGAAUUGGACUUCCUGGAUUACCGGGCGCCAAUGGUAUGAAAGGAGAAAAGGGAGACUCCGGACUACCAGGCCCCCAGGGCCCUUCUAUCAUAGGCCCACCGGGCCCCCCGGGUCCCCACGGUCCACCUGGCCCCAUGGGACCCCAUGGACUUCCUGGACCCAAGGGAGCAUCUGGCUUAGACGGAAAGCCAGGAUCCCGGGGUACUGAUGGUCCUAUGGGACCCCACGGCCCUGCCGGUCCCAAAGGAGAAAGAGGAGAAAAGGGAUCCACGGGAGAGCCUGGACCCAGAGGACCCUACGGCCUGCCUGGGAAAGAUGGAGAGCCUGGUCUUGAUGGCUUCCCUGGUCCUCGAGGCGAGAAGGGUGACCUAGGAGAGAAGGGAGAGAAGGGAUUCCGUGGCGUUAAGGGGGAAAAAGGGGAGCCGGGCCAGCCUGGCUUGGACGGGCUGGAUGCCCCUUGCCAAUUGGGCCCAGACGGAUUGCCCAUGCCUGGCUGUUGGCAGAAGUGAUGAAUCUAACUUUCCAAGCAUGAAGCUGUGUAUAUAAUGGUCCACUUUCUAUAUUUAUAGUCGAAAGCCGAAUUGCAGAUUUUACGAGUCUGAGCUAUGUUUACACAGAGCUGCUCCUUCCCGUGUGCAGUAGAACACACCCCUCAUUUCCCCACUCACAUCCAAAACUGGACAAUCGAUGAGAAGCCUGCAAAAAAAAUCCAAAUCAGUAUCCCGGAUGCGAGGAUAUGUAUUUAUAUGGACUUCAGUGAUAGAGAAUGAGUAUCCGGGCUAUUUUCUUACUUUGAGCUUGGUAACUGCACCAACAGAAAGCUCCGUGAAAUCGUUUACAUGAAAUUGUGACCAAAUAUGGACUAAAGGCUGUGAACGUGUCCUGUACCAACUGAUAUGUCUUGUCACUUUCCCCACUCACCUUCCCUACUAGCUCACGGUCACACCACCCACUGAAACUGACUAAAACCAAAAAGCAUGAUCGCGUGUCCGCCCUGCUUGCCGUGCAAACCCAGACAUUAGCAUGCUGCUUGAUGAGUCGUCCGGUUACAUCUGAGCUCUUAUUCCUUUUGUCAUCUCAAGGGGGUUACGCCAUGGCUCAUUGCCAAAAAGAGAUAAGUCAGUGGAGAGCACACACCGUUGGUCUUGUAUUUUGAGGGAGCUGCAGGGCCAACUGCAGAUCUGCAGCUUCUAGUGUCCUGGGCUCUUAUGGCCGCCUUGGCUGAGAUGCCAAGGGGCUGAGCCGAUGGCUGCCACCAGUUUUCUUUGGGCUGCCCUUGGCAGUGAAGACGUGAGGAGAAGAAGGGCUCGGCAUCCUGCACUGUCUCAUGUGACCAAGUAGGAAAGUGGUUUACAAACGCAAACGCCCAGAACAGCACACUUUCUUGUUUAAGAAACUGGAUUCCAGUAAGUGUUCGUGUGGGUGCUUUUGGAAAGUGACACGUGGCAGCUCUUCUGGGACAGGAGAUCAUUGGAGUGGCCAUGCUGUUCCCGAGGACAGAGGGUAUGCAUGUGCCAUCAAAGCUCAGGUUGCUGAAGAAAAAGGUCCCAAAGAGGAGUUUGCCACAUACCAUCUGCUGAAGCUGUGGGGAGCUCCAUGGAACCGUCUCUGCCAAAGCCAGCACGAGGGCUUGUCCUCCUCCUGAGACCCACCCCAUCGCCAGUGUUUUCUAGGAGUUCUCCUGAGAAACAAAGAUACAGUAUUUUCUGUUCUUUUUGAUACUUUUUCUUUUACUCCAAGGAAUAUUUAGAAAAUAUUUGUUCCAUUUUUAUUGUAUCUUCUUUGAACGAUUUUUUAAAGGUCUUCAGAAUCAUACUAAUUCAGUGCCAACAGUCAAAUGACUUUUUACUAACAUCUUUCUUGUUUUUAGAUAAUUGAAGAGAUCAAAAAGCUCCAUUUUCAGCUUAAUCAUUGUAAAGCAUGAAAGAUAAGUUUUAAAGUAUUUUUUGACUUUUUUACAUGAUGAAUGUAAUAUACAUAGAGAUUAUCAGUUAAUAUAAAGUCAGGAUGUUAUCAUCUUUGAUAGCAUUAACUCAUUUCUAUUUCUUAUGAUUGUUUUUCUAUAUUUAGAUUUUUUUCACAUUUCUAAGUGUUUCUCUUAUCCACAGACCAAAUCUGAGAUCUCAGAAAGCUGUGAAAUAUAGUUGCCAUAAAGAAUAUUUUUUCAUCUACUUGCUCAAGAAUUGCCUAACCAUGUUAGAUUAGAAUCUAUUUACACAGGAGAGAGUUGGUGGCAUGAUUAAAAGUGGCCUACUAAGUAGAACGUUUACAUGAGGAGAAACAUGCCCGUGAGAAAGGCUACUGCCUGGGCCCACUGGAGAAUUUUAUGGCCCUCAGUGAUUCUGUACCAUUUUGUGAGAAUAACUACUUUUUACCCCCAGGAGGGAAAUCAGCUCACCACUGGCAUAUGGUAACAACAGUUAAGAUAUAAUUCCAAGACAAAGAUCCUUAUGUUCUCUUUCAUAUUUUGUAACUCAAUGCUCAAUCAUACAGAAAAAAAGUUUUUAUAUUAAGUUUUCAAGGUUAGAGAGAUGUUUAAACUAUUAGAUCUGCCUAAUCGGUAGUAAUUCUAAUAACAUUCCACAGCCCUAAGCCAAGUUAGCAUUUUUGAAACAAUAGAGGGCAUUUUCUAAACUUUUUUGUAUGACAUGGUUAGGAUAAUGUCUGAAACAAUUUGUCUUAAAUGGUUUGGAAAGAUUGGAAUACAGCUAUACACCUUGAGAAAAGUCCGGUGACUAUAUUUCAUCUCCUUCCCUGUUCCUUAAUGGACAGAGGUAUUGCAAUGGAUCACUAUUUAAAAUUUGCAAAGCCUCCACUGAAUACCUUACAUCAAAAGAGAAGCAUUUCACAUAUUAAAAAAAAAAAGGUUUGAACAUAGCCCUUCAAAGAAUACUGUCCUGUGUGUACUGAAAUUUUGCUCUGUAGCCAGCUUUAAACAUCACUUUAUUCCAUGGUUAAAGGAAGCCCUAAAUUCCCACUACAUUUAUUUCCUUGGGAAAAGCAAAGGAAUAAUGAGGUUUUCUUUGUUCAGUGGAAUUGCUGGGUCUUAGCCAGCCUGGAUCAUCUUAAACCUUGAGUUGUUAAAAUAUUUUGUCAUCAACAUGGAGAAGCCUCAAGUAAGGUGCAAAUCCAUUAAUGAUGAGUUAUGAUUUAUAAAUAUGUUGGUAGAUAACAUUUUUCUUAAAGAUUUAAUUUAUAUUAUAGAAUAGAUAACUGAGAAAAUAUAUAAAAGAUACAGUGAAAAACCACGGUCAGAUUUUACUUCUGAUAAAACACCCUUAAAGGGUGCAAAAUUUUAUGUUUUAGCUUUAAAAUUUGUUUUCCAUUCCUAUUGGUUGGUGCUAUUUCUUUCUUUUUUUUUUUUUUUUCCUUGUGGACAAUGCACCUCUACUAUGGAUAAUUUUAUUUCUCUCAUUGCAUUCCUAAACUGUUUGUGUGUGAUUUUAAAGUUCCUGAAUUUGCUAUAGUUGUGGUUCAAUGACCAGUCUUUCUCAGCGUAGAAGUGUGCCUAGGACGGUGUGUUUUGACUUGGAUGGCGGGUCCCUUACUUCCUGCUCAUUUUAUACAUCGCAUGCCUUCAUCGGCUUUUAUUCAUCAUGUCUCUUAGCUAACAUGACUUUAUUAAAAUUGACACAAACCAUGUUCCACCAGUCUGCACACUCUGGAGUCCCUGAUGUGUGACGCCCCUCAGCUCCUCUGCCAGUUCUCAGUGUCAAUGGCAGUCCUGGAGGGAUCUUCUCUUCUUGUGAUUUGGUGGAGAACAUGGGAGUGUCUGUCAUUUCUAUGAAAGAAAGCUCUUGUUUCUCAGCUUACAGUGUGUGCAUACAGUGUUCUACUGGGACAGCAAGAACGUAUACAAGGGGUUUACAUUGCAUGUCCUUUGCCUACAACUGUGUGUAUCUGUAUAUAUCUGCUACUUUGGAAAAUGGUCACAUCCAAAUGUGUGUGCCUCUGGGGAAAUUCUCCUUGGUAUCUUGUAUUUUUUCACUUAGGAAAAGUGCUUAAUUUCCAAGUUUUUAUAAUUUUACUAUUAAAGCAUAAAGUUAUUUUUUAAUCCUUUUUCCCCCUUGCUAUAUACAGUAUCAUCUUACUAAGAAUUCUUUAUUUCUCUGGGGAUGUUUUAACAUCUUCUAAUAAGUGCACAUAUGCAACAUAGAGAGGCUGAUGCUUGAAACAUUAUCAAGGAAUAAAAAAUGAUUUUAAUGUAACAUUACCAAAAAAAUGAGCUUUCUAAUCUCUGCAAACAAAAACCUGUAUCUCUAGGAAGUCAAGGUGAAAGGAAUCUCAUCUUUCCAAAAAUAGUGAGAUCCCUUUGGAUUCUGGCUGUUAAAAAUCUCGGGGCUGGGGAUUUAGCUCAGUGGCAUAAGUACCUUCCUUGCAAGUGUGCAGUCGUGAGUUCGAUCCCUAGUACCAAUAAAAAUAAAAAAGACAAAAAAACCCUCACAGCCCUACUGGAAUUUCCAUGUUCAACCAAUUAUAAUUCUGCCAAAUUGUUUUAGAAUAUAAAAACUUUCAGCCUCUGCUUCCAUUUUUCUUCACACAUUAGCUAGAUUCAUUAUAUGCCAGAAGAAAUACUGCUCCCAUUCAAAUUUGUAGUGAUUUUGCUUUUCCAGUCUUAGUAUAAUAUUUUUUUUUCAUUAAAGAUACAUUAAUAAGCAGCAUAGGCAAUUCAUGCAUUUAACAGAAUACUCUUUUGGAAACAAGAAGCUUUUUUUCAAUCUUACUUGUUAUGUUUGGUUCAUUGAUAGUAAAAGAAGUUCCAACAUUUCCCAAAAUCCAUUUGGUAGCCUCACAUUGCUCAGAAAUAUGAAUGAAUUGGAUUCACAAAAGAAUGUCUUACAUACUGUUGACAUUUAUGUGAAUAGCCUUUAUAUUGUUGUAAAUGUUUCAUUCAACUUAACAUUUUUUAAAGAUGUAUGUAUCUGAUUUCUCUUUAGGAAAUAUAUUUUUGUGUUUUCUACAUUAUAAAGUUCAUCUUUAUGUGCAGCUAUUUUUAUAUUGCAAAAAAUUCACAUAAAUACAAAGUAAGAGGAAAAUGGGGGGAAAAUUGGCAUUAGAGUAGUUGUCUUUAAAAUGUUUGUGGGCCAGUCUCGUGGAACUGAUGCUUCUGAGAAUGUGUUGUGUCUUACAAAUGUAAAUGUGGCACAACCCUGAUUAUCUCAGUAGUGUACAUAUUUGAAAGACUGAAUUCUCCAUUUGAUUUCUUAUUUAAGUUUCAUUUUUCUUGCUCCCGCUGACAUUACGGAAUCAAAAGACUCAUGAGGUUUUUUUGAUUUGCAGUUUGGAAAUAAUUGCAUGGUGUUCAAUUUGUAAUUUGUUUUUACCUUUUAAACUUGUUUUCAGGGUUCCUAGUUUGUGAGAAGUUGAUCUUCAGAAUUAUUUUUACACUAUUUAUGACUUAUUUUCAUAAUGUAAAAAGUGUGUAAUUAUUACAGUAUUAAUCCAAACAAUGACAAUGAAUUGUAUUGUUAUAAAGCUUUAUUGAUGUUCAUGAAAA